AGUGCGCCACUCUCCCACACUGGGCUGAGAAACAGCGCGUUGUCCACCGGUGUCCUGCUAAGAUCUUAGAGCAGAGAUCUUUGGUGUCCUGCACGGUUUUAUUGUUUGCCGUUUGAAGAGAUGAGGACUUUGGCGGAAAUUCAGGCAACUUUAGAAGUGGCGAAAUUGGAGCCGGCCGAUCUCCUGCCGUCGGUACAAUGUAUAUCGUUCAGUGAGAGUGUCAGUUCGGGCGAUUACUGCCUAAUGGAACUGGAUGAAACGCUUUGUAAAUACAUUGAAUCCGGACAGAGAUUGAUUAUUCGAGGUGAUAAGGAUGAACAUGCUGUAUUGUGUAGUGAGGAUAAAACCUAUGACUUGAAGAUGGCUGAUACAUCGAACAUGCUGCUCAUCAUACCCGAUUGUAAAACCCCAGAUCAACUUUCAUUCAACACAAGUACACGAUGUGUGAUGCAUCAUCAGAUUUUUGGUUUUGCUAAAAGUUAUUGGGAGUUGAAGAAAUCACGGCCCAAAUUUAGGAAAUUGAAGAAAUGUCUAUUGGAAAACCCAUACAAUGGACCUUCUUGUGAGACUGAGAGAAAUGCCGAAAGAUCAAAGUAUACAAUGGAAGAUUUAAUGGAAAGUAUUCAAGCAAGUGAGCAGGAAAUAAUGCAGCAGUUGCAGCAGUUGCGUGCAUGCAAGAUUGAAGGGUACUGGAGAAUUCUGGAACUUGAUUAUGAAAUUAAGCUUCUGAAUCAUGUGACUCAGCUGGUGGAUUCCGAAUCGUGGUCCUUCACUAAGAUUCCUCUCCAAAUUUGUCUUCAAGAACUGGAACUUCUUGAACCAAGGGAAAUGAUAGAGCAUAGCCUGAAUAGUUAUGGCAAAGCAUACACAAGUGAUGGGGAAGUGUUUUAUUCCUUGAGUGAGGAUGAAGUCUGCAAAUCUACAGCAUUGAUGCUGUUACAAAAUGCUGUCAAGUUCAAUCUGUCUGAGUUUGAGGAUAUGUGGCAGCAGAGUGUACCUGAGGGCAUGUCAACGAGACUGGACCAACUCAAGGGUGCUGCUCUUGUGGAUAGAAAUUCAAGACCACAAGUGAUUUUUCAAUUAAUUGUGGAGGAUCUGCCAGAGAACACACAAGAUCGUUUUAAAAGCCUCUUUAACAUCAGGGACAAGUGGACAGAAGAUGAUAUCGCUCCAUAUAUCCAGGGUUUAUGUGGAGAAAAACAAACCAUUGGGUCCCUACUGACCAAAUGUGCUCGUUCAUCUAUGCAGAACGGAGUGAAAAUGUUCAGCUCUAGACGACCAGUUUGAUGAAAUAUAAAAUUUAUGAAACCAUCAGAAAGAUGUACGUCAAAUGCGACAAAUGCUUGUGCUCUGCUCCCUCCAUCCUCCACAGAAGUGACAUUUCAACAUGCAUUCUUCCUUAAAGUUGUAUAUUUUGCCAAUACACAAAAGACAGAAUGUAUUGUUUUAGUUGUUGACAAAUGUAAACGUUACAUUGCUGUUAAUUAUGUCCUGUGAACAGGCAGAUACUUUGUACUUUUGUCCUAGAUUGACAAUAAAAAACUGUUUAAAUUAUAA